CGCCCAGGAUAUAGAAUUUCACACGCCACAAAACUCGCGACCACUCGAGUACAUUUACACAGAUGUAGAAGGAGAAUUUGCAGAACUGACGUGCGUUCCGUCGGCUCUAGAGAUUACACCGUUUACAUAGCAGGGUCCAUGUUUUGCACGUUGAGAGGGGACUAGAAUCAUAGCAAGAGAUUUAGAGGAGCCUCACUGACCCUCGCUGUUUGAGUCCUACUGCGUCGAAAGCUCCACAGAGAUGAGGAUUUGGACCAGGAUUCGUAGAUAUACAAAGCUCCCGUUCCGYGUAGUGUUCUCGCUGAUGUUGGUCUCAUGGAUUGGAGUCUUUCUGCUGUUCAACUACUACUCGCAGAGCAGUACAGUUGUAGAUGAUGUYGUUGGUACAGCCCUCACAAAAAACGUCGACCCAAACUUGUACUACACUCGGGAUAUCCGCUGGUUGCCCAAYUCCCGCAAACAAUCCAACAGAACUUUCAAAGUGCGGAAAAAAAUCCUCAUCGUUCAACGUCAYCCAGCRAGCGAGCGUUUUAAGGUCUCGCACGUUUUGUGUAAGCUCCUKGAUGGUUAUCGUUUGAGCUAUGAACUUACAAGAGUCGACGAUAAACCAUUCCUGGACAUUAAAGACGCAUUGAGACCUGAUGUAACAGUCGGAAAGUAUUCCCUUCUCAUAUUUGUAGAUAUAAAAACAUAUUUAGAUUUAAAAGAAAAGACGAAAAACACGUUGAACUCUUACUCUCGCAAAUUUAACACAGGGAUUUUAUUCUUUACGACAAACUACGUAGGAUACGCAAGAGACUUUGAAUUAAAYGUUCGCAAACCGGARAAAGAGAAAAGYCCGUUAUUUGUGAAAAUAAAUAGUUCGUCAGUUAUUCUUAGAGUUACYAAAGAUGGUGGACAAGCGGAGAGACCUCGAGUCCCUAAAGGAAUUGGCACUAGAUGGAUGUAUUUGAGUUACGAUCCCGCAAGGGUUCCGUAYGAAACCGUUGCGUAUGUCUUACCGGGGYUACCGCUAGCGAAGAAGCGUCGGAAGAGAAGAAACCCAAUGGACCCGCAGUUCGACCGCGUCACUGUUCUCCUCGAUAGCGGAAGGAAAGAUGGCGUGAAGAGAGUGUUUUUCGCGGGCGGAUUUCCUUUCUUUGUACAUACUAUGCUGUUCUUGGAUUCGUUGGAUUUUCUUUCUACAAAGAGUUUGACGUUCUCGUUGAAUCGCUACCUUCAAGUUGACAUGGAUGACGUGUUUAUUGGGAGUACUGGUCUAAGACUACGAAGGGAAGAUGUGAUGGACCUGCUCUCAGUGCAGUCAUCUCUGGCCGAGAAGAUCCCUGGUUUUAGGUUCAAUUUAGGGUACUCUGGUAAGGGCUACAAGAGAGGAUCCCCGCAAGAAGACGAAGGAGACGAGGCCAUCUUGGAAUACGCGCACAGGUUUACGUGGUUUGGUCAUCUGUAUGAUCACGAGCAAGCACAUCGAUUCUCACUAAAAAACCUUAUUAGAUCAAUGAAGAGAAAUCGAAAGUUUGCAGAGGAUUACGGAAUACCGCUGAACACUUCAUACGCAGUCGCACCUCAUCAUUCAGGAGUGUAUCCAGUCCACGAAGAUCUCUACACGGCAUGGAACAAAGUCGACAAGAUUACCGUGACAUCRACGGAAGAAUACCCGCAUCUUAAACCAGCGUGGCUUCGAAGGGGAUUUAUUUAUAGAGGAAUAAGGGUUCUUCCGCGGCAAACGUGUGGACUUUUUACGUCGACUAACUUCUUCAAGCAAAUCAAAGGUGGACGUAAGGCACUGGACAGAAGUAUCCACGGCGGUGAACUGUUCGAAACACUCUUGCGUAACCCCGUGAUGAUCAUCAUGACGCACAUGACAAAUUACGCCAACGAUCGUCUUGCGCAGUACACCAUCACCAAACUCGUCGAUUACGUACGCAAGUGGACGAACGUGAGACUCACAUACGCUCCACCAACCAAACUUGCGGAAAUUUACUUUGGCCUUUUUCCGCAAGACAAGACACCAUUAUGGCGGAGUCCGUGUGACGAUCAUCGACACCUUAUCAUAUGGGAUAGCGACAAAACCUGCUCCAAGCUCCCCUCGUUCUUGCUGGUCGGGCCGCCUCACGGAGGCCUAGAACUACUUCAAUCACUKCUUCGUCUUAACCAUGACAUUGUUCAGAUGAACAACAUCUCGUCWAAAGAAGCUCAGUUCUUCAGCAGUGAAAACUAUUUAAAAGGAUUAGAUUGGUACAUGGAUCACUUCGCUAAGCCAUCUAACCCGAAUAGCAUCUCCUACGAACCGAGUCACAGCUACUUUACCAGCCAAGCCGCGCCACAGCGUGUCAACGCCCUCUUAAAGUCAGCCAAAAUAAUCUUCGUCUUGGAAAACCCCGUCAUGAUCGCYUAUGCCCACUAUAAGCAYCUAUUAGCUCGCCACAAGCUGUCCCAAUAYAAAUUCACCGAUAUCGUGACRUCACAGACUAAUCCCGAGCUAUUACGCAUGCGCACUUCGAUUCUCCGCCCAGGCCACUACGCCGAACACUUAGGUCGAUGGAUGAAGUAUUUCAAUCCGAAUCAAAUGUUGAUYAUUGAUUUGAAUGAGUUGGUUAGUCAGCCUGUCAAUGUUAUGAACCAGUUGCAGGAGUUUUUGGCAAUAGAACAUCCUUUAGACUACCAUAAACAUGUCAGGUACAGCAAAGACAAAAGUGCGUUUUGUGAAAUCACUCCGUCMAAUACUACAGGRAACUGYUACAGAUACCAGAAAACCGUCCCUGACUCUCUAGACGAGUCGACAAUCAAGUACCUUCAGCGGUAUUACGCCAUCCACAAUAAAAACCUUAUGCGUAUUAACCAAAAGAUUCAGUUUAAGCUGCCAAAAUGGCUGCAGGACAUUGGUUGAUACAACAAGGAUUUCUAUUGGUCGAGAAGACGUCAUUWUAAAAUACGGUAUCUGAUUGGUAAGCCGMGGAUGAGACAUUGAUUCUAAUUGGCUAAAAGGAACGAUAUCAGAUUGGCURAAGUAACAAGGAUUUGGUUUGAAGUCUUUAUGGAUAAGACAGCAUCCUAUUGGAUAAAACCAGGAAGAAGGAAUCAUUCUCAUUGGAUGAGAGAURAUAAGGCUCGRCACCUCAUUCCAAAAAAWAASSRAAAAAAGAAAAGAAAAASAAAAUGAAAGAAAAACGAAAUGUGAUGAGAAGCAGAAACYCCAGGMUCUUCGAUAUUUUUCGUUUUUCACUCGAUUCAACAAACUUGCCAAGCAACAAGAACUUUGCUACAAGGUGGUCAUAUCGAGCGCUGGCYGGUUGGAUGAAGGUGUAUUCGAAUUGAUAGCAGAAUUACCACAAAGAAUUGUUAURCAAUGUYGAAURUGCUAURGAAAAGCAUGUAAGUUUGUGARUUCAGAGUGCACAGCUUGCAACCGUUUUUGUGGCGUGGCAAACCGAAUCAACAUCAGGUGUAAAUCGAGAAACAUUGCUUUCAAACUUCAACGCAAUAGACAUUGUACAUAARACAGUUUCAUUCGACUUGAUGUUCCUUGGAUUUCGCYGCCUUAGCGGAGUCAAUUCAAGAACUCUGCCAAACCGAGACUCGACUGUGUUUCACAGCUGACCAGUUUUGUGUUUCGAAAUAACAAAACAUAUUAAUUUAUUCGAUUCCCCCCCCUAAAAAAGAGAAAAAACAAUAUUUUUAUAAAAUAGUAUGUACAUAAAAGAGAUGUAUAUUUUUCUAUCAAAGAGAGAUCUAUUUUUGACGAACUUAUGAUAUACAGAUAUAGAAAUUAGAAGUUAAUUUAGUAAUUGUAUAUAAAUAGUUAUUAUUAUUAUUAUAUUAUAUGAAAAUUGAGUUAAAGCUAGGCCCUAACAAAGAGAACCCCAGGCCUCCACCCUGGGGAUCGUUAUCAGGUAGUUCAGAAGUCAUGUAUGUUCGCAAAAGUGAAAAAAAAGUAUGAAAAUAAAUUAUAAAAGAAUAUAGGUU